AUGUUUUCCUUUGCGCUGCUGCUGCUGCUUGGUUUGGGUUCGCUCGGUUCCGUUUCUGGUUCUCCCGCCGUGGAAGAAGCGUACAGAGCUGUGUUGAGCGUCGUGUCUCCGGGACAGCAGUUUCUGACAGAGGACUCGCUCCGCAGCCUCUUUAAUACACUAGAGAAACGUGUGCAGUGCGGCGGCGGAGUGUCGUGUGAAAAGGUGAGUUUUAUUACGCUUCGUCCGCAGCCAGGUCUCAGAGAGCCGGGCGGCUGGAUGCAGCUGCAGGAGGGGUCGAUGUCCAAAGCCAUUAAACGGCUUCACCUGCCUCACUGAUAAACUGGAUCGACCUAUCUGACGAUUUUAAAUCAGAUUACAUUAAAAGCUAUAUCUGUUGAAUAAUAUUUCACAUUGGAUUUAAAGGGAAGUGUAAAUAAUACCAUGUAUUCUUCACUUAUGUGGUCAGUAACCAUUAUGAAUGUGCUUCACAAUGCUGUCAAGGGUAAAAAUAAGACAAAAUUAGAGUUUAUUAUUUCCUAUAGUAGUUAUUACAGCACCAGUCCAAUAACUUGACCAAUUUGUUUGACUUUUUUGGUUGUAUAUUGUUCAUGUGAUAAUCUCCUUCAGGGAUCUUUUUUAACUCCUUUAUGAGAGUGAACUUCCUGAGCUUGUCACCUGUCAGCUGCAUGACAGGACAGAGUUUGAUUGAUAAGUAUCUGCUGUGUUUGACAAAUCUGAAUCCAGGGAUUAAAUGCCCUAAAAGUAAGAGGUAAAAUGACAAAGAUUGAGCUUUAACCGGGGGCAGUAAACUGGAUGGCCCCCAUUGUGGGGACACAGACUAGUAACACAAUAACUAGAGUAAAACAGGUAUUACUGCCGGAAAGUUAAACCAGUAUAUGAAGGUCAGCAGUAAAAUCAAAAAGCUCAUGUAAUCUACAGUUGGAAUAAUGUCAUGCCAAAUGUCAAUGAGUCCAUAAACUACCAUCAGCUUUUGCAACUCAACAGUUUGUCGAAUCGCAAAAGCCGCUCUCCAGAGUUUUGUGGGUCAGUGUGGAUUGCCACUAUCAAUUCAUAGUGUUUUAUCUUAUAUAUAUAACGGCCUAGUUUCCUUAUUAUAUUGCUUAUCUUAAACAAAUAAAACUCAUGAUAAAGCUGAGUCAGACUCUUCCUUGUUGGCCGUUUAUGUUUCAGAUAUGCACGUAGAUACAGGAAUUUGUUUGUUUAUAACUUUGUUGCUGUCAUAUAAAUGGAUAUAAUUUUCUAAGUGUUAUUAAUGUAAUCUGCUAUUUUUAAUUUCCUUGAGGGAAACUUCCCAAAAGGAACAAUAAACUCAUAUCAUAGAAUUAGGAACUCCUAUCUGUGCUUAUAUUAAUGUUUAUGUACAUGUAUUCUUCUCUGUUUGUGUUUGUGUUUAGUGUGAUUUAGCAGUUGGUGUUCACCAGCUGCUCAGCAAUCAUUCCAUCCACGGAGAGGAAGAACCAAGAAGUGAAGGACACAAUCUGAACAUCAGCGUAUCCGACUUCCCCGCUGUAGCCGCCGGGAGCAUCCUAUACCUGUCAUCUCCCAACGAGGUGUGCGUCGCAGUUAACCAGGGGAGGUGGGCAGAGGAGACCGAGCGUUUCCUUCACGAAAUCACACAUGGAGAUGACCACGGACACGAGCAUGAAGAGAACGAGACCCACCGUGAGGGAGAACACGACCAUGAGCACAUAGACACUCAUGGAUUACAGCUGGUGUUUCAUGGGCUUCAUGAACACUAUGAGCCCUCAGAUGGCGAGGUAAGCUUAACUGUGUUCACUAAAGCAUAAAACUGGGGAGGUUACAAGAUUAUAAAGAAGAUAGAAAAGAAGGAGACAUGAUAAGGUCAAGUAAAGGUGAAGAAGAAGAAGGUUUGCUGAACAGAAGCGUGAAGGUUUUAGUUAAGAAGAAGUUUAUGAUCUUUCUCAAUGUCUGAAGUUCUUAAUUUAUCCAUCAUGUUAAUAUGUGACUUAGAGAAGUAUUUACAUACUGGAGUGUGUUUUGCAGUGAAACUGGUGGGAUUAUCUUAUCUUAUCAUAUGGGUGAUCUUAUCUAUGGGUGAUGCCAACAGGACACCUACCAGGCUUUGCCCUUUACUUGAGCACAUCACCACAGAGGCUGUUACUGAGAUGAAAAGUUCUUACUCUAAACCUGUAAAACGGCUCGAUUAUCAGACGGAACAGUUUUACAGCAGUUUGCGGGAAAGAAAUCACUGCAAUGAGUCAAGAUUUACCUCAAACAUGCCAGUGAUUUUUAACCAUUUUAAAAGUAAAACUCAAGACCUACCUUUUUAGUCUGGCUUGCAGUUAAAUUUUGUUUGUUUUGUAAUUUUAUUUAUUUCAUAUUUUUUAAUAUCCUGCUUGAAUGGACAGCACUUUGCGCUACAUUAUAUGUAUGAAAAGUGCUUUAAAAAUAAAGUUUGAUUGAUUGAUUGAUUGAUUUAGCACAUUCAAAGUUGAUGAAAAGUCAGAAAAGACCCAUAACUCUGAAUAAAAAAAAAUCCAAAUUAAUUUGCAUAUUUUGUAAAAUGAUUUAAAAAAGGGGUUACAGUCGCAACACAUGAUCAAUCUAGAAAAUAUCAAACACUGUAAACUAUUUUCAUUAAUAUUUGUCUAAAAUCGUACGAAAUAUCUUGGAAAGUUGUUCUUACUUCAAAUUAAGCAAACCUGAUUUUAGUAUUCAACCCACGAAGUCUUGCAGUUGAAAAGUUAAAAAGUAAACAAGUUUGGUUUUUGACUCGACAGAAUAAUUUCAUUCCAUGGUUAACUUGACCUUAUUUUAUUGAUGCAAUGACAUUGUUGAGUUUUAUAUUUGGACUGAAGGCUUCCGUGAUUAUGCUUACUUGUGCCAUUUAACAUUUGGGUCAAUUAGAUUUCAUAAAGUUCAAUAAAGUUCUUCUUAUUCUUAUUCUUAGCUCAGCAGAAACAUUAUAGAUAAGAUGCUGUAAAUGGGGACUGUUGGAUUAUUGCUCUUAGAGUCUGCAGCGCAUUCAUCAGUGGUAGCUGAUGGCAUAUUUAACAAAUGAUGGUGGCAGAUUGUUGGGAUGUUAAUCUUUAUUAUCCCCCAUAUUCUAAGCUCUACGUUCAAACAGGUAAACUUUUGUAUAACUUUGACUUUUUCUCUCCGUCUGUGCUAACCAGAGCUGCGUGACAGCCAGCAACAUCAUGAUGGAGGUCAAUGCAUCAUCACCAGACCAGAAACAGGAAGUUGGUGCGGUUUUAGGUCUUGUCCUGUACCAUGCCUUGUUGGGUCGGUGCUUCAUCAGCCGCACUCUCCCCGAGGAGGGCUUCUUUCUGGACUACAUCCUGGACCAUGUGGGAUCGGGGAACUUCACAGUAGGGGGUAAAUUUCAGUCAGGAGCAUGUCUAUAGAAAUACCCAGAUCCAUUAAAAGUAAUAUUGGGAAAUUAUAAUGUGAUGAGUCUGUGUAUGAUUUCUUUAUACGUAAUAUUUUGUUGAUAAGCACACCUCGUCUGAUAUUGUCUUCAUUUUCUCAGGUGAGUUGUGAAUUGUUGUACGUAAGUGUAAGGUGUGCUUUGGUUCUAUAGAUCUGGAGGCUCUCAUGGAGAAACUGAACAUUGGACCCAAGACAGAAAAUGAUCAUGGACAUGAGCACCAUCCUCAUGAUCAUGAUCAUGAUCAUGAUCAUGAGGCGAAGAGAUGGAGGAAGAGGAGCAGCCACGAUCAUGAUCAUGAAGGGCAUGAAGGAAACACCACCUUUGAACAGGUGAAAGAAGCAUCAACAGAAGGAAAACACAAAGUCUGUGUGUUGUACAGUGAGCAUGUAAAGAACAUGUAGAAGUUUUCACUGACAAUAUUUUUUUUACUUUUACUUUCAGUUGUGUUUCUCAGCCAAAGAACUGGUCGUGAUCCACGGUCUGCAGGAGAACAGCUCUGCCUCCUCCGGCCUUGGUCAGUCUGGUUUGGCUCGGUUGAGUCCUGCUCUCAUCCAGCAGAUCCUGAGCGGAGCGUGUGCAGACAAAACAGAACCGCCGACACCAGACCAGCUCACCAAGACAGAAAGUAAGUGUCCGAGAUGCAGAUGAAUGAUCAGGGAUUGUGAAGAUAAUGUUGCGAUUGAAGCUACCCUUAUUUCCUCUAUAGUCAGUGUGCUUUUGUUGUGUAUGCUGAAUUAAGUCCCAGUUUUUACACCCUUUCAAAUACACAGAUACGUUUAGCAUCUCAUCUCUCUGGAUUCCCAGGUGGUUUUUAGGUCCUCUACUAAACAUACCACAACACCUUCUUCACUCACCUUUCCUUUCUUUCUCUUCUAGGAUAUGUCUAUGCAACCAUUGCUAAUUUGCUGAUCACUCUGACAGCCAUGUUUGGCAUCGUGGUGCUGCUGUGUACCUCCUGCACCGCCGUCUUCCAGAUGUGUAUACAGUUCUGCAUUAGCUUAGCUGUCGGUUCACUGACUGGGGAUGCUCUACUGCACCUGUUACCCAUGGUAGGUUUUUUCAUUCAUACUUUCAGAGCCAGGGGUGGUGAAAUUUGUUUCUCUUCCAUUUAGAUUUUCAUGCCAGGUGAUAGAAAAAUGACCGGAGGCGGACACAAGAAUCCAGAGUGUUGGAGUGAUUUUAAUUUAAGAGCAGAGAACCGCUUAUAUGCGCAUAAAAAAUCUUCCCCAAUCUCAGGGUUAAAGCAUCUUUUAUCUUUUAUCCAGGGUUAUUUUUACUACUUGUAUCUUACACAGCAUGUCCUUCAGUUUUAUCUAGAACUUCACGUUCUUCUAGAAGAACAAUCACUCCUAGUAAUCCUACCAUUCCCUUUUUCAUUCAGUAGCUUUACACUUUGGUGUUUUUCCAUCACCAGAUCAGAGGGAUUAUAUUAGUUACUGGUAACAGUCACGUCUUAGCUCUGGUUUCUGGAUUGUUUUAACAUGACAGUGAAGAUCUGGUGCUCUGGUUUGUGGUCUUGUAGUGAAGCCAUGCACCCCACACAGCUGAAGUGGGCAGUUUGGGUAUCCUGCUCUGUGCUGUCCUCUCUUAAAAGGGAUGAAAUUCCAAAACAUGACUCUAAAAAUGACUCAGAUCUCUGCGUUCAGUUUCUAGGUUUGCAUGUGCACGCAGCUGGAGAGGAAGGUCAUUCACAUGAACACGGUGAAGAGGAGGAAACUCCAGAUUAUAUUUAUAAGAUGCUGGUGCUGCUAGCUGGGAUCUACUACUUCUACUUGAUGGAAACAAUCUUCUCUUUGAUCACUUAUAAAAACAAAAAUCAUCACCAUCAUCAACAUCAUCACGGGGUAAGAGGAUAUUUAUAAUAACACCAAACCAGAUUCCUUUUCCACGAGUGAACAGGUGUGGCUCCAAGGUUUAUUUAAGCAUUUCUUUUGGAUCAGAGCAAGAACUUUGUUUUCCAAUCGUCAUUCUAAAGUUGUUGCUAGUGAUGUACUUCUAUUUCGUCUGUUUUCUUAUAGUUAUUUUGUGUAUCAUUCAUAUGUAUAUCUCAGAUGCUCUCCUUUUUUAAAUUUGCUGACUCUCAUUAAAUCUUCUGUUCUUCAGGAAGAGUCUGAGCCUCACCACUGUGACCACGGGGGAGUUUUAGAGAUGUAUCAGCAGGAAAGGAAAAAGAAAGACAAGACAGUGUCAAAAACAGACCUGGUGAGAGGAAAUGCACAUUAUUAUUAUUAUUAUUAUUAUUAUUAUUGUUGUGGAGAGGUAAAGAUGUAUACUGAUUAAAAGUCAAAGCUCAGAGAGGAUUUGUCUCCCUGUAGUAAAUAAGUUUAAGAUCUUUUUCACCACCACCUGUUUAUAGAAAUGUUUAAAAGUCACUUCAUCCCUGUAAAUAAAGCCCAUAUCCUCGGUGUGAGCUAUUUUCAUCUCAACUUCUAUCUAUUUCAGAUCUAUUUCUGAAAGUUUUGUACCUACUUGUAUUUAUUUAUCGUUUACAUCUCAGGUCGACAUUGAAGACAAUGAGAAAUCACUCUCAGAGCCGAGAGAGCGAACCAGAGGUGAGUAAAGUCAUCUCCAACACAAAACCAAGCACGCCAUCCUGUCGUCAUGAUGACACUCCACCGCUAACAACACCUUAUCUGCCUCUACAGAGCAGCGUCUGCUGCCUUUCAUGAUCACCAUCGGUGACGGGAUCCACAACUUUGCAGAUGGAUUGGCGAUGGGCGCAGCAUUCUCCCUGUCUUGGAAAUCUGGUGUGGCCACGUCGCUGGCUGUGCUCUGCCAUGAGCUGCCACAUGAGCUGGGUAAACACACACAAAGGCGAGCAGUGUGUGAUGUGACUGGUUGUUUUUGAGUAUUCCUGAGCACCGUUCUCUUGUUCUUGUUCAUCUCCAGGGGACUUUGCCAUCUUGCUCCACAGUGGUGUGUCUGUCCGUAAGGCGUUACUCCUAAACGUGGGCAGCGCUUUGACCUCCUUCAUCGGCCUGUACAUCGCUCUGUCUGUCGCCACUGACCUCGCCACCAAACAGUGGAUAGCUGCCAUCACUGCAGGGCUCUUCCUGUAUGUGGGGCUGGCUGAUAUGGUGAGUCAUUAUAAAGUGCAGCAGGUUGAUGGGAUGUCAAAGUUUAAUGUUUAACUUCCAUCCCGUCUUUGUUUCCCAGCUCCCCACCAUGAUCCACAUCAGUAACAAGAGACCAUGGCUGAUAUUCCUGCUGCAGAAUCUAGGCCUGCUGACCGGGUGGGGUAUUCUUCUGUUGCUGUCUCUUUAUGAAGAGAGAAUCACCAUUUAAACAGCGUAUAUUUAUGGCACACACUGGACUGGUUUGAGCGUAUAAUUUGCUUCCUCCAUCACCACCAACUGGGACAGAGUUAAGGUUAAGGGUCAAGGUCAGCCUUGCGCUCACUAAAAAGAGGGUUAACAAGCGGUCAGAUGGCGGACAAAUCCAGUCAUAAAAAUGUGUUAAAGGUUUACUCAACAACCCCAAAGGCCUUUAACCGAUAUUUCCCUACGCACAUAUGUAAAUUAAAACAAUUCAUCAAAUGUUGUUCAAACACUUUGGGC